AUGGCUUCAAGUGAAGGAAAGCAGGAGCUCAGACUCGCGGACUGGAUGGCCACUUUGCCGGAGCACAUGCACAGCACGCCCCUCACGAAUCUGGCCAUACCGGGCUCGCACGACUCCUUCAGCUUCCACGUGGACGAGGCGUCUCCAGUGGGCCCCGAGCAGCCCGACGGCGUGCAGAGCUUCGUCUCCGUCUUCGGCACCGUGGCCAAGAAGCUGAUGCGGAAGUGGCUGGCCACCCAGAGCAUGGACUUCAGCGCCCAGCUGGAGGCCAGCGUGCGCUUCUUCGACCUGCGCAUCUCCACCAAGCCCCGCGACCCCCAGAACCAGCUCUACUUCGCCCACGGCCUCUUCAGCGCCACCGUCCGGGAGGGCCUGGAGCAGGUCAGCGCCUUCCUGGCCAGCCACGCUCGAGAGGUGGUCUUCCUGGACUUCAACCACUUCUACGGCCUGCAGAACCUGCACCACGAGGGCCUGGUGGCCAUGCUGAGGGAGGUGUUCGGCGACCGGCUCUGUCCCGCCCUGUUCGCCCAGGAGGUGACGCUGCGCUACCUGUGGGAGCGAGAGCUCCAGGUGUUGGUGUUCUACCACCACCCCGUGGCCCUGGAUGUGCCCUUCCUGUGGCCGGGGCAGAUGAUGCCCGCUCCCUGGGCCAACACCCCCGACCCGGAGAAGCUGCUUCAGUUCCUGCAGGCCUCGGUGUCGGAGCGCCGCCAGCAGGGGAACUUCUUUGUGUCCCAGAUGGUCCUCACGCCCAAAGCCAGCACCGUCAUGAAGGGCGUGGCCAGUGGGCUGAGGGAGACCAUCACCGAGAGGGCUCUGCCGGGGAUGAUGCAGUGGGUGAAGGCCCAGAGGCCGGGCGAGGGUGGCGUCAACAUCGUCAUGGCCGACUUUGUGGAGCUGGGAGACUUCAUCAGCACCGUCAUCACCCUCAACUACCUGCUGGAGGAGGACACGGCCUGGGGGAAACACUCACUCCGGGCCCCCUUAUCCUAA